UUCAGGUUUCCGGCUGUAUACGUCAAUGCCAAAUUUAUCCGAUUUUUACAAUAUAUUUUGCUGACUGCUGGCCUAACUAAAAUCUAGGCAUUCGAUCACCCAAAAAUUUAUUCUAAUUAAUUAAUUUACGCACCUUCACAUAUCUGAAUUCACAAUGCCUCGUGGUAAAUACACGAAUCACAAAGGUCGCAACCGUAAAUUUACCAGUCCCGAAGAGCUCGAAGAGCAGCGAAAGCAGGAAGAACUAAAACAGAAAUGGAGAAAAGAGCAUGGCGGAGAAAGUUCAAGCGAGGAGGAAUCUGCCGAUGACAAAUCAGGAUCUGGUAGUAGUGAAGACAGUGAUUCAGAAGGAGACCAUCCAGUAAAAGCAAAAGGUGUAUCCGGACUAAUUGAAGUAGAAAAUCCCAAUCGGGUAGUAAAGAAAAAUAAGAAACUCACUACUUUGAAUACUUUAGGUGGAGAGGGUGAAAAACCUCAGUUGUCAAGACGCGAGCGCGAGGAGAUCGAGCGCCAGCGCGCGGCGGCCGCGUACCAGCGCGCGCACGCGGAGGGCCGCACGGAGCAGGCGCGCGCGGACCUGGCGCGCCUCGCCAUCAUCCGCCAGCAGCGCGAGGAGGCCGCCAAGCGCCGCGAGCUGGAGAAGAAGGCUAAAGACGACGUGCCCAAGAAGAGGUAGACAAAUGUCCAAAAUACAGACUGCAAGAAUAUUCAUAUUUUACUGUUUACAAGCUCGUUAUGUGGGCUAGGUUUGGUUUUCAAAAUCACUGAUUCACUAAUAACCGCGCAAAUAAAAACUGUUAAGCUAUGCAUAAUAAAAACAUUUCAGCAAACGAUUUUGUUAAAGCUCUCCUAGCUACAAAUGACAUUUAAAACCUGUUUUUCAUGACGAUUUUUACGAAUUUACUUGGGUCUAAAGAGCUAUAAUUCAGAUUUAUAAUUAAAAAAUUCGAAACUACCUAUAUUCAAGAUUCAUAUUUUUUUCUAAGUUAUUCAUAUUAAGUCCAACAGCUCCAUUACUAAUGUAAUUAGUUUGAUAGAUAGAAUUAUUCACAUAAUAUCUACUUUUAAUAAUUUUAUCUGUUGCAAUAUUACCUUUGGUACGCAACAUAGCAAUAUUUGUGCAUGAUUUGUUUGUAACUACAUAUGCUUAGAUAAUUUUAUGAGUCUUCUAAGGACUAUUAUAAAAUGACCGUUUGUGGAGUAUAAACAUUCUUUACGUACUUUAUACAAAAUGACGUUUGCCAUAUUAGCUAAAAAUACAACAUUGGGUUUAUAAUUCAAAUAAUGAUAAUAUCCACUUUUAAAUUCCAUCGGAAACCUCCUCUACCUGAGAUACAGUCAUAAUUUUUAAAUAAUUAUUAUGUAAUGAAUUAUUAUACAAUGUAAAAUGAUAAUUAAAUGAGCAAAUACGUUAAAAAGGUAUAUUGUAACUAUUUUCAAUUCCACCAGAUGUACCUAAAUAAUAAAAUUUAUGUAUGAAUCUAGGUCUAAUUUAUUAGAUAGUAUCACUCUCAUAUUUUAUAUGCCAAUGUGUACCUAUCUAUAAAUAAAAAUUGGAAAUGUUUUCUCAAAAAUGUA